AUGGGAGCAGGAGUGUCUGGUGAACCAGUGUACUUGACUCGAUCAACAAUGCUCAUAAGCCAUACACCAAUGAGUCAUCCGCCAGCAGGGACUCAAUGCACAUUUCGACGACAAUCCACAGUGAUCACAGCGCCCGGCUCAUCAGGAAAUGGAGUAUCCGGGAGUGGGAUUUCAUCUCAACUGGCAUUUCCAAUUCAAUUAUAUCCAAAUAAUGUGUAUAAUAAUCAUGGAUACACUGCUCACGUGUCGGGAUUUGAGGCUCACCCCACUCCUCCAUCAUCUUCUCAUCAUCAUCAUCAUCCAAACCCACCACCACCUGUUCCAAACCGUCCAAGUGCACCUUCAGAAGAGACUCCGCCCCCUUAUUCGGCGAUUUAUCCUAGCUUGGCAAACCGAGUUAAUUAA